AUGGUGGUAGCUUCAUUGUUACGACACUAUGAUGAGUUUUGCUCUACUCUCCGAGCUGACCCAGAGCAACGCUACCAGCAACUGGACCGGCAUUUAUUCGUGGCAACGGUGAAGGAAAAGUUGGCACUAGUCGGUGCUACAGAUGAUAUCUUUGAUGCAUGGAAGAAGGAAGUGAAACUGGGGUUCUUCAAUCGCAAUCUACCAGCACUGGCAAUCCAGAACUUUCCAAGGCAUCUGGGUGACGUUACCAAUCCAUUUCAUCAGGUAGUUAUGGAUCCCAGGUGUUUUGUGGACCAGUUUAACGCAAUGGCCACACACUACCAGGCCUUGCAUUCUACACUUGUGCAACAGCAAACCACAAUCAAUAAUCAAACAGCAAUGCUGCAGUCUGUGCAGAGACAGCUGGGGGCAAUGGAGAAAAUGCAUGAGAAUCAAACUCAACUGCUUAUGCAGCUGUGCCGACAGAGCCAAGUUAGCAUUGGUGAUACUCCCAGUACCAUAUGCCCCCCAACUAUACCACCAGUGACACCACAGCAAGCAACCGAAGGAGAUGGCAGCGGAAGCCGUGGAACUGGUGUGCAGUUUACUAGCUCUGCAAAGCACUUCUCGGUAUCUGUGAAUUCCUUGGGAAAGAACCCCACACUUGCUGACCAGUUCUACUUCUUCUUUGCUGAACGUGCAAAGGAGGGAUACCAAAGGGACAAAGAAGACCCCAAUCCGGGUGACAAUCGACAGCUUGGGAACAAGUUUCAGCGUCUAAAAGAAACAGUGAAGUUCAUGCUGAGAUUUUGUGGUGAAUUUCCCAGGUCUCCGCCAGGAGAUCCUGCUGCCCUAAGAGAAUGGUCAGCAAUGCUAAAAAGUACUGCUAGUGAAGCUCAAAAACUCAUCCGGCAGCAGUUGUACCCAGGACAGCCCCAAAAGGAAAUGCUCCAGGCUGCAGUGAUCGGAAAUAAAGCAAAGCAAAUUAUUAAAGCUCAGGGCCUUACUGAUCUCCACAACGAUGCUUACCGAACUUUGCCGGAAAUGCCAGAGGAGAUGAUCCUGUGGUUUGGUAAAGAUGGACAAUCUAAUAAACGUCAGAAGACCAGUUAG